CGGUGCUCCCUCUGCGGCGGGAAAGGACCGAAAGGAGGAGAUCUGCUGCAGAGAAAGGCGAUCGUGUCCACAGAUGACCGAACAGAUGUUGUUUGUUCGGGUGUUUGCAGCGCCUUGGCUGGUUGGUUGGUGCGGUACUUCGGUCUGGCCGAGCAUUCUCGUUCCAUCCCACCGUCAGCAGCAGCCCACCUCGGCGGAUCCGAUCAACCAUUAUGCCAUUCAGAGCGGAGAAAGCCGCAGGUGGAGGCCACUCCGAGCCUGCUGACCAGGCACCUGCUGAUGCCGCACUGGAUGAGGAGGAGGUAGGGAGAUCUGAGAAGAGGCAAUCGAGUGCACUGAAUGUCAGUAUGUGAAUGUGACUGUCUGCAUGCUGUGGUCGUGCGUGUUGUGUGUGCGCUAAUCGAUCAGGUGUUGGAUUGGACGCCCGAGUUCUACCCUGCGCAGCAGAACAUAGAGCAACGGAAGCUGCAAGUUUGGGCCAACAGACGACUUCCACUGCCCAAAGUGACGGUGCCAGUUGAGAUGCGCCGGUUCUUCUUCGAUUCCGCAUACUCGGCCGGAAUCAAGGGCAUCUUGGGCAAGUGAGUGAGCAAAUACACACAUACCUAUGCACACACACGAACACACUCCCCAGCCAACACCCCCGCAACACCGACCCGCCCACUGUUGUCUUCAUGUGUGUUUGAUCAAUAGGACCUUAUCAGUGAGCCGCCGGCCAAGAAACAUUACAUUAGGUGGCUAUUACUUCUGGCCACUGAUGCGUGGGAGGGUGGCACAUCCACAUCCACAUACAAACACACACUCUUACUUGUCGGUCUGUCUGUCUGUCUGUCUGUGUGUUGUGUGUCGAUCAACCACCCACGUACCUAAAUGCAGAUGUAUGAGCUGGUCCGUCAGACCGAUUGGCGGGUGGUUGUGUGUGCCGUGGACGGGCCGGACGCCGACGACGAGCGUGAUGAUGGCGAUGGCGACGAUGACUCAUGUGACCCGGAGUGGGACGAGGACGACGAGGAAGAGGUGGUGGUGGAGGAGGAGGAGGAGGACGUAUUCACCCUCCUCGUCAUCGAAAAGGAUGGCCUCAACCUCAAAAUUAAUAGCGAAGGGUCAGCCAGCGUGUGUGGCUUGACAGCCAGACAGCCAGACAGCCAGACAGCCAGACAGCCAGACAGCCAGACAGCAGACAGACAGACAGACAGGCAGACAGACAGGGAGGGAGGAGGGAGGCUGCGAUGUUCGUGCCUGUGUCCAUUUACGAUGUGUGUGUGUGUGGAUGUGUGCAGCGACGGGACGCUGUUUGCCGUGCUGAUGGGCGUCCAGCUGAGCAACAAGGCUUACGACGACCUGAUACGGCUCAUGCGUGAUCGGGGCAUCAAGCAAUGUGCAUGUGUCAUCGAGGAGAGGUGGUACUGCAAUUACUUGGACUACGACACCAGUAAGCUGGUGAGCACCAUGGAUUCCCCCAUCAAUCUGGUUGAUGACAGCGGGAUGGGCGCGCAGAAGGCGAUCGACUACAUUCUGGAUCGCCUGCAGCACCCAGACAAGAAGGAAGACCCAGAGGGCUUUCAGGAGCCCCCCAUAGACCCAGAGGACUUUGCGGAGUUCCUGGCGGCGGCUAUGGGGGGAAAGAGACGCAGAGAGAUUAGACUGAUUGACUCGAUCACUGGCACGCCCAUUUAGCUACUGCACAUGUACAUAACUGGAUGGACGGAUCGAUCGUGUGUAUGGUGCCGUCCGUGUACAUCUAUGGCCCAGCCAGGCAGGCGUUUGGACAGCUGGAAUGAAUGAGGAAGAAACGACACAGACGUGGAAGGAAGGAUCAACUCCAUGACAGUUCGCUCGAGUCGCUGAGAUGGCGGAGAGCGAUAUGAAUCGCAACAAACAAAGCGUUUCCUUGACGAAGCCAAGAGGAG